AUGUACUCUCUCGCUUUCUUUCUUGUGUACUCAUUCUCAUUCUCUGUCUUUUUGCUUCUCUCGUUUUCUUUCUCUUUCUUUCUCCCUCUCUCUCUCUCUUUCCCUGAUAUAUGCACAUGGAGGAAGAAUACCUCAUUUCUGGUUCCUCUCCAUUACUCGACACCGAUUUAUUUCAUCGCGCUGGUCGUUCAAUUAGCUUCAUUCAUUCAUUCAUUCUCUAUUUCUAACUUUUUCUUUAUUUUUAUUACUUUUUCUCUCACCCAUUUUCUGAUCCUUUCUAUAUUUUUUAUAUUUCACUUUUUCUUCCUUUCCUUCUUUCUUUCUUUUUAUAUUUGUCUUUUAUUUUCUUCGUUGGGAUUCUUAUAUUUUCCAUCAUUUUUUAUUUUAUUUUUUGUGGUCACUGCUUUUAUUUUCAUACCCAAAUACUUUCUCUCUUUCUUUCUCUCUUUCUUUCUUUCUUUCUUUCUUUUCUUUUCUUUUCUUUUCUUUUCUUUCUUUCUAUUUUAUUAUAAUCUUCUACUACACCUUUGUUUGAUUUGGCCUUUCUUUUUUCUUUCUUUCUUUCUUUCUUUCUUUCUUUCUUUCUUUCUUAUAAUAAUUCCCUAUCCCAUCAUUUUUUAA